UCACCCUGCAAGCUGCAUCAAGCUUUAUCCUACGUGUUCCUUUGGUGAACCAGGUACACUUAAACUUGCAAAAAGAUGACCGACCUCUUAAGAAGUGUUGUCACAGUCAUUGAUGUUUUCUACAAAUAUACCAACCAAGAUGGGGAGUGUGGCACACUGAGCAAGGAUGAGCUAAAGGAACUUCUAGAGAAAGAGUUCCGUCCAAUUCUGAAGAACCCAGAUGAUCCAGACACAGUGGAUGUCAUCAUGCACAUGCUAGAUCGAGAUCAUGACCGAAGACUGGACUUUACUGAGUUUCUUCUGAUGGUAUUCAAGCUGGCUAUGGCCUGCAACAAGGUUCUCAGCAAAGAAUACUGCAAAGCUUCAGGGUCAAAGAAGCAUAGGCGUGGUCACCGACACCAUAAGGAAGAAAGUGAAACAGAAGAGGAUGAAGAAGAUGCACCAGAACAGAAAUCAGGUUACAGGCAUUCAAAUUGGAGGGAGGGAGAGGAGUAUGGUUAUGGUUCUGAGGGUUUGAGGCGAAGUGUGAAACACAGACAUGGGUCAAAUUCCAGGAGGCUGGGAAGGCAAGACCAGAAACUACUCACAGACAGCAAGGACACACCACUAGACAAGCACAUUCUGGUCUUGGACAGGCCACCAGGACAGAAUCUAGCAGGACCCAAAGAAGCAGGUCCAGUGCCAGUGAAUCGAGUGACAGGGAAAGGCACUCAGGACUCCCACAGACACACACAGAGUCCCCUCAUGUCCAGGCGGGAUCUCAACAUGGAGAGUUGGGAUCCACCCGGGAAGGAAGACAGGGAACUACUCACAGACAGCAAAGAGACACCACUAGACAUGCACUGUCUGGUCAUGGACAGGCCACCAGGUCAGAAUCCAGUAGGACUGGGAGAAGAGAAUCCAGUGUCAGUGAGUCCAGUGACAGUGAAAGGCACUCAGGAGUCCCACAGUCACAGGCAGGGUCCCCUCAUGGCCAUGCUGGAUCUCAACAUGGAGAGUCGGGAUCCACCCGGGAAGGAAGACAGGGAACUACUCACAGACAGGCAGGAGACACCACUAGACAUACCCAGUCCACUCAUGGACAAGCCACCAGGUCAGAAUCCAGUAGGACUGGAAGAAAGGGAUCUAGUGUGAGUGAGUCCAGCGACACUGAAAGGCACUCAGGUGUGUCACAAGGACACUCAGUUUCUAGUCAUAGGCAUUUUGGUUCUAUCCCCCAAAACACAGUUAGUAAUACAA